AACAUUUAGUGGAAGAAUAUUGCAGAGCAGGCUACCCUAUAACCCUGAAGGUCCCUUCCAAUCUGGCACAGGUUUUGAUAUGCUGCAGUAUUUGUACUGACUUUGCUGUCUUGUAGGAAUGAUGGGGAACUAGAGCCCAUGACAGUUCAGUGGAGCCGUUGGCACUUUUGAUAUCUCGACAUCUUCAGUUAUCUAAAAGCAAGCCAGUCCCAGGAUAAGGACAGCAGCAGGUGAUAUAAUGCGGAAACCAGGCCCUCAAAAAGCCAUAGACUGGAAAGAUGGUAAAAAGCACAAGUACGGCCGCCCGUCAGAGUCUCCCUCCCAGUACCAAGGUCACUUCACCUGGGAGAAAUACCUGAAGGAGACCUGUGCCAUCCCAGCUCCUGCCCAUUGCUUCAAGCAGUCAUACACUCCACCUGCAAAUGAAUUCAAGAUCAGUAUGAAACUAGAAGCCCAGGACCCCAGGAACACAACCUCCACCUGCAUUGCCACGGUGGUGGGUCUGACAGGCGCACGCCUCCGCCUGCGCCUCGAUGGCAGCGAUAACAAGAAUGACUUCUGGCGGCUGGUGGACUCUGCUGAAAUCCAGCCCAUAGGAAACUGUGAGAAGAAUGGAGGAAUGCUGCAGCCUCCACUGGGUUUUCGGCUGAAUGCCUCCUCUUGGCCCAUGUUCCUUCUGAAGACUCUGAAUGGAGCAGAGAUGGCUCCUGUCCGGAUUUUUCAUAAGGAACCACCAUCUCCAUCCCAAAACUUCUUCAAGACAGGUAUGAAGCUGGAGGCAGUGGACAGGAAGAACCCUCACUUCAUCUGCCCGGCCACCAUUGGGGAGGUGAGAGGUUCUGAGGUCCUCAUAACAUUUGAUGGCUGGAGAGGUGCCUUCGAUUACUGGUGCCGAUAUGAUUCCCGGGACAUCUUUCCCGUAGGCUGGUGCUCGCUGACUGGAGAUAAUCUGCAGCCCCCUGGAACAAAAGUUGUGAUUCCAAAGAGCCCUUUACCUGCCUCCGAAGUAAACUCGGAGAAACCUAGCAUGCACAGUAGCACAAAGACUGUUUUGGGGCAUCAACAAGGGCAAAGGCGUCGCAAAACAGGGAAGAAGCGUGGUCGAACGACCAAAGCGCUAAUCCAUCACCCCAUGCCUACACCCUCCAAGUCAGUGGAGCCUUUGAAAUUCCCCAGAAAGAGAGGCCCCAAGCCUGGCAGUAAGAGGAAACCUAGGACAUUGCUGAACCCAGCACCCACCUCUCCAACAACCAGUACCCCAGAACCAGACACAAGCACUGUUCCCCAGGACGCUGCUACAAUCCCCAGCUCUGCCAUGCAGGCUCCCACAGUUUGCAUUUACUUGAACAAGAACGGCAGCACUGGGCCCCACCUAGACAAGAAGAAAGUUCAGCAGCUGCCGGACCAUUUUGGACCAGCUCGAGCUUCUGUUGUCCUGCAGCAAGCAGUACAGGCCUGCAUUGAUUGCGCUUAUCAUCAGAAAACAGUCUUCUCCUUCUUAAAACAAGGCCACGGGGGAGAGGUCAUCUCAGCUGUGUUUGAUCGGGAACAGCACACUCUGAACCUGCCAGCAGUAAACAGUAUCACCUACGUCCUCCGCUUCCUGGAGAAGCUCUGCCACAAUCUUCGCAGUGACAACCUCUUUGGGAACCAGCCUUUCACUCAGAACAGCCACAUGCAGCGCUCACACGAGUACGACCACGACAGGUAUCUACCAGACAGAAGCAGUUCGUUAGACGGCACUCUGCAGGGACCAGGCCGGGGUACAAAGCGAUAUUCCCAAGAUUCCCCUCCAUACAGUGCUCCUCUCUCCCCCAAGUUACCAAAGAAUGAUCGUCACCCUUUGGAAGGUGAAACCUUUGUUCUGGGAGAUGGGCUCCCAGGGCCCUUGGAGCCUCGCCUGGACCCCAUGGACUCUGCCUUGAACUCUGUCAAUUCAUCCAGCCACAGCAGGAGCUCCAGAGACUAUCGCCUGCAAGGAUACAGGCACCUGCACCAACCCUCUAGCCUCACCCAGGGCAGCACCUCUGCCUUGCGUAGGCUUAGCUCUGGGGGUUCAGACAGAUACCUCGGGUCUCGAGACGUCUCACGGCUGAGCAGCCGCGACCCCUCGUCCUGGACGGUGGAGGAGGUGAUGCAGUUCAUACGGGAGUCGGAUCCACAGCUGGGACCCCACGCUGACCUCUUUCGAAAACAUGUGAGUAUGGAUGUGUGUGUGUGUGUGUGUGUGUGUGUACACAUGUGUUGUGUGUGGGAGGGGGCAGAUCGUCACAUAAGGAAAAUCUGGGACAGGCCUCUAGAGUGGCAGCGCUUUGGACCCGCUGGAGUUUUGUGCUAA